AUGCCUUCAAGAAAACCCAGCAAGUUCGGCAACAAGUUUCGAUCCGGUGGCGCUUCCUUCAAUCCCAGACGAACCAAGACCGUCGAGUUCGCAUCCCUCAGAUCGACCGAGGCUACGUCUCAAGAUGAGAAAUUCGAGGCCAUCCGGCUGGCAAACAGCAUCGACGAGUCCCUGGGCUUCCCGCGCUUCGAGGCCGGCGAGAAGCGGGUGGGAUGGCUCAUCAACAUGCACAGCACGUCGAUCCAAGAUCCGAAUGUCCCCGGUGGACGCGCCGGUGUCGAUUACUAUUUCCUCGAGGACGGCGGUACCAGCUUCAAGGCGACGGUCGAAUACGAUCCUUACUUCCUAAUUGCUGUGAAGAGGGGACAUGAAACGGAAGUUGAGGAGUGGUGUCGAAGGAUGUUCGAGGGGCUCAUCAAGAAGGUGACGCGUGUGGAAAAGGAGGAUCUUUCGCUGCCAAACCAUCUACUUGGGCACCGCCGGAACUAUCUUCAGUUGAAUUUCGCCAAUGUCAGCCACUUGUUGGAGGUACGGAGAACAAUCUUGCCUCUGGCGGAGAAGAAUAGGAAGAAUGCAACGGCAAUGGAUGCUUAUGUGGAAAUGUCAAGCGAAAACGCUGGUUUCGAUCUUUUUGAUGAUGAGCUAAUUAAUGAGUCACGAUCUAAUGUCAAUAUGAACGCGAGUGAUUUUAUUGUUGAUAUAAGGGAAUACGAUGUUCCUUAUCAUGUCAGAGUUUCUAUUGACAAAGACAUCCGUAUAGGAAAAUGGUACACAGUAGAGUCGAGACACGGAGUUAUUUCUCUGAGUUGUAUAGAAGAGCGGCUUACUCGUGCCGAUCCUUUACCGCUCAAAUUUCCCGACUCGGUGAUUGACCAGAUUAUGAUGAUAUCUUACAUGAUCGACGGUCAGGGUUUCCUCAUCACAAAUCGAGAAAUUGUUUCCGAAGACAUCAACGACUUUGAGUACACGCCAAAGGCCGAAUACAACGGGCCAUUCAUGAUCUUCAACGAACCCGACGAACGGAGUGUCAUCGAACGGUUUUUCGAGCACAUCAAAGAAGCAAAGCCUACGGUCAUCGCUACUUACAACGGUGACUUCUUCGAUUGGCCUUUCGUUGAGGCGCGAGCAAGCGUUUUAGGGAUCGACAUGUACAAAGAGAUCGGGUUUCGGAAGAACAGCGAAGACAUCUACCAGGCCGACCACUGCGUGCACAUGGACUGCUUUGCUUGGGUCAACCGUGACAGUUACCUUCCUCAAGGAAGUCGUGGCUUGAAAGCCGUCACCGUCGCGAAGCUCGGAUACGACCCUGACGAGCUAGAUCCGGAAUUGAUGACUCCAUAUGCGAGUGAGCGUCCGCAGACUUUGGCGGAAUAUUCGGUAUCCGAUGCCGUCGCGACCUACUACCUUUAUAUGAAAUACGUUCACCCUUUCAUCUUCUCUCUUUGCACAAUUCUUCCUCUGAAUCCGGACGACACUUUGCGGAAGGGAACCGGAACACUCUGCGAGAUGCUUUUGAUGGUGCAAGCAUACCAGGGGAAUAUCGUAUUACCCAACAAGCACAAAGAUCCUCCGGAGGCUUUUUACGAAGGUCACCUGCUUGAAUCAGAGACUUAUGUUGGUGGACACGUCGAAAGUAUCGAGGCUGGUGUUUUCCGAAGCGAUAUACCCGUCACAUUCAAGGUGGACCCUACUGCUGUGGACGAGCUUCUCCGCGAUCUUGAUGCAGCUUUGAAGUUUAGCAUCGAGGUCGAAGAGAAGAAAUCUAUGGAUGAUAUCACCAACUACGACGAAGUCAAGAAACAGAUUUCCGAAAAGCUGAUCGGCCUCAAAGAAAAGCCUCAUAGGGACGAGGUUCCGUUCAUCUAUCACUUGGACGUCGCCUCUAUGUACCCGAAUAUCAUGAUCACCAACCGGUUACAACCAGACUCUAUGAUUGAAGAGUCAAACUGUGCUGCAUGUGACUUCAAUCGGCCUGGUAAGACUUGCGAUAGACGAAUGCCAUGGGCAUGGAGAGGUGAAUUUCUUCCUGCCAAGCGCGACGAAUACAACAUGAUUCGUCAGGCGGUGUCAAAUGAGAAGUUUCCUGGAAGAUACAAAAAUAGCCCGAUGAGGAUGUUUGGUGAUCUGAGUAUCGAAGAGCAAGCCGGCAUCGUCAAAAAGAGGCUUCAAGAUUACAGCAAGAAGAUCUACCACAAGAUUCACGACAGCAAAACAAUAGUCAGAGAGGCCAUCAUCUGUCAGCGAGAGAACCCAUUCUAUGUGGAUACUGUUCGCAGUUUCCGUGAUCGAAGAUAUGACUUCAAGGGGAAGCAGAAGGUUUGGAAAGGCAAGACUGAGGCUCUCAAAUCGUCUGGCGCAUCGAGCGCGGAGAUUGACGAGGCGAAGAAAAUGAUCAUUCUGUACGACUCCCUUCAGCUUGCUCACAAGGUCAUCUUGAACAGUUUCUACGGUUAUGUCAUGAGAAAGGGUUCUCGAUGGUAUUCCAUGGAGAUGGCUGGCGUGACGUGUUUGACCGGAGCUCGAAUUAUUCAAAUGGCACGAGAGUUGGUUGAACGAAUUGGUCGCCCUCUUGAGCUGGAUACUGACGGUAUUUGGUGUAUGCUUCCUGGGUCAUUUCCCGAGAAUUUUACCUUCACUCUCAAGAACGGCAAAAAGCUUGGUAUCUCAUACCCCUGUGUCAUGCUCAAUCAUCUCGUCCACGGAAGCUACACCAAUCACCAGUACCAGACCCUUGUCGACCCAGCCUCAUUCAGGUAUGAAACUCACAGUGACAACUCUAUCUUUUUCGAGGUCGACGGGCCCUACAAAGCCAUGAUCUUGCCCACAUCAAAGGAGGAAGACAAGAACUUGAAGAAACGUUAUGCUGUCUUCAACCAUGACGGGUCUUUGGCGGAACUGAAGGGCUUCGAGGUCAAGCGUCGAGGAGAGCUGAAGCUCAUCAAGAUCUUCCAAACCCAGAUCUUCCGCUUCUUCCUGGAAGGAGCUACGCUUACCGAGACCUACGCUGCAGUAGCCAAAGUGGCUGAUCGGUGGUUGGACGUGCUCUAUGAGCAUGGUGCAACUCUUGCGGAUGAGGAACUGAUUGAUCUCAUUUCUGAGAACAGAAGCAUGACGAAGACUCUCGAGGAGUAUGGGAACCAGAAGUCGACAUCUAUCACAACCGCUCGGCGACUUGCAGAAUUCCUCGGAGAGCAAAUGGUCAAAGACAAGGGUUUGAACUGCAAGUACAUCAUUUCUUCGAGACCGAGAAACACGCCUGUCACAGAACGAGCCAUUCCGGUGGCCAUCUUCUCGGCCGAGGAAAGCGUCAAGCGCUUCUUCUUGCGGAAGUGGCUGAAAGAUGACCCUGGUGAUAUGGACCCUCGAACGGUGAUUGACUGGGAUUACUAUCUCGAGCGCUUGGGAUCCGUGGUACAGAAGCUCAUCACUAUUCCGGCUGCACUUCAAAAGAUUCGUAAUCCAGUGCCCCGAGUCGCCCAUCCGGACUGGCUGCAAAGGCGUAUCAAUCAGAAGGAUGACAAAUUCAAGCAGACGAAAAUGACGGACAUGUUCACUAAAUCAGAGAAGACCCCGUUGACCGACAUUUCAGCCAAUAUCCUCGAUCAUCGCGUCCAGCAUGCUGGUGACCUGGAUGAGGUCAUUGCCAGCUCAACACAGAAGCUGAAAUCCUCACCUGAAAGCAAAGUUUCCCAGAAGAGAAAGCACCCUGAAGGUCUUCCUAAGACCUCGCUUGAUCCGUUCGCUACUUUACCGGCAAAGAUGCCAUCGAUUACAGAUGAUUACGUCGGAUUUUUGAACUACCAGAAACAGAAAUGGAAGAUCCAGAAACAGGCUCGUAUUCGUCGCCGUCAGCUGUUUGGAGAAAGGGUCAACGUGGCUACGGAUUCUCUAAGCAAUCACUUCCGAAACCAGGCAGAGCUGUUGUACAUCAAGACAUGGCAGGUUCUACAGCUUUCCGAAACAUCGAGACCCGGCAUAGUGCGAGCAUUUGUCUUGAUUGAUCGGAAAGUCCACGCGCUCACCGUUAAAGUCCCCCGGCAAAUAUACGUCAACUUGAAACAGGAUUCUCUUCCAGAUGUGGACGUCCCUGAUUGUGAAGUUGAAAAAGUCAAUCAUACUUUGCCGAACGGACAUCCUUCAGUCCAUCUGUUUAAGUUGACAUUGUCGGAAGAAACCUAUCUUCGCGAAGCCAAUAAGAUUGACAUGCUUCUUCAACACCCGAGUGUUGAGGGUGUUUAUGAGAGGAGCAUUCCUCCCAAUAUCCGGGCCGUACUAAAGAUUGGCAGUAUUUGCACCUUCGAUGAGCAACAGCGAGGUGUCCUCGGAGAGGGCUUGGACAAAGGGUUCGACCUUUCUACCCUUUGUCGUACAGAUACAGAGCAGCCUUAUCUUCUAGAUGCUCCCAUGGCAUAUCACUAUCUGUAUCAUGUUGCUUCUGGCGACAGGCAGAUAUUUGCUAUUUUCUCGACAACGAAAAAUGAGGCCCACAUCGUCAUUCUUAAUCGCACCCGGGAUGUUCAAGGCCUUCCGAACGUCGACAAAAUCUACGCGGAACUCCUUGCACGCAGAUUGCAGAACUUGGCUGCGGAUAAUACGCAGAGUGCUUUUGAAUACCAAGAGAAACUCCACUUCAAGACCACUCAGGUUACUACAAGAAGGAAAGCUCACUUGGAAGUGGGAGAUUUGAUUAAAAAGCUAAAAUCCGAGGAGACUCAGCCCGCCAUUAUGGUAAUUCAAUCUCAUCAGCGAAGCCGUCUGUGUCACGACGUGCCCAUUUUGAGGGAAUAUCCUAUCCUACCUGUGAAGCCAGAAGUGUCAGAUAUGGAGCUUCCGCCCUUGGGCUGGCAGUCAUUUGUCGCACGUCGCUUGGUCACUCAUUACCUCUAUCUCUCUGCUUGGGUUCAGCACAUGACUCUACUCGCGAGAUAUGGUGAUGUUCCUCUCUGCAAUCUGGAAAACGACGAUCCUCGCUUCCUCAUCGAUAUUUCCUAUGCCAGACGUCUUCAGCAGAACAACGUUGUUCUCUGGUGGUCCUCGAACCCUAGACCAGACCAUGCAGGCUAUGAAAAGGACGACAUAACAGGUCCUCUGGAAAAGGUUCCCAUGCCGUCGGUUAACAUGCCGAAUGCGUACACAACUGUGUGCAUUGAGCUGGAAGUGCGCAAUCUCGCUAUCAACACAAUCUUGACGUCGUCCAUCAUCAACGAAAUGGAGGGUGCAGAUACGCUUCUAGCAUCGUCCGGCACGUCAGCCGACGCAAAUGGCGGCGUCCUCUACUCCGAGAAGGCGUUCACAUCAGCCGGCGCCAUUGUUCUGCGGGAAAUGGUGAAGAAUUGGUGGACCCAGGCCUGUGAUGGGAACAACAUGGCCGACAUCAUGGUUCAACACUUGAUUCGAUGGGUGGAAAGUCCUGCCUCCUGCCUAUACGAUCAAUCACUGCACCAUUACGUGCGCAUGCUCUCACGGAAGUCGUUCCAGAGACUGAUGGCCGAGUUCAGACGGGUCGGUUCGAACGUCAUCUUCGCAAGCUCCACUCGCCUACUGCUUCAUACGACGAAGACGGAAGUAGGCAAUGCGUACGCAUUUAGCCAAUAUGUCCUGAAAUCGAUUCGGGCGAACCCAUCGUUCCACUUCAUCGACCUGGAGAUCAAGGAGUAUUGGGACUACCUACUCUGGUAUGAUGAGUACAACUAUGGCGGCAAAGGAUGUCAGGAAGUGGUCGAAUCCGACGAGCAGCCCUUAGAGACGGUAAUGCACUGGCAACUUAGUCGCUUCCUACCCACGCCCAUGCAGGCCAUCUUCCAUGACUGGGUAGUCGAGUACAUCGAGUUGAUGCAUGGUCUCAAACGCCCUGAUAACAACUCGUCCACUCCUCGGAUGACACAAAUCCCUAUCGGCCGUCCGAGUGAUGAGGAGAGUGAGGAGAUUUCCGCUAUUCUUUCCGAGAAAUUUUCCAAGCCGUUGAAGAAGCAGAUCACGGGUCUAAUUCGCCGACAGCGGGAUGAACUCCUACACCCAGAGCUGGCAUCCGACUAUGCGUUCCCUGUUCUCCCCGGUGUGCUUUCGGAUCCUAAUGAAGAGAAACGCAACCCUGUUUUGGAAUUGGUCAAGCUGCUGAUGCAGGUACUGAGUCUGUCCAAAACUACUACAAUGGAGACACGACUGCUACGUCGCGAGCUACUUGCGCUUUUCGAGAUCCGUGAGUUCAGCAAAGAGGGUCGGUUCGAGAACCCGGGUGCGAGCUUGAAACUUCCUGAGCUCACUUGCAACGCAUGUUGCUUGAUACGAGACCUGGACUUGUGCCGAGAUGAAGAUGUGCUUCCAGAUCCUGGCACGGAGUCGAACAAGACCUCCACGAAAGCCUGGCGUUGUCCCUUCUGUCAAACUGAGUAUGAUCGGCUCGCGCAGGAAGAGAUUCUCAUUGGCCAGGUACAUGGAUUCAUUGUUGGGUGGCAGACUCAGGACCUCAAGUGCUCCAAAUGCGGGGGAUUGAAGGUCAGUGAUUUCAUGGAGCAUUGCUCGUGUAGUGGGGCGUGGGUGGAAACAAUGAAUCGCGGCGAGAUCGAGAAGAAGCUGCGACUUCUAGACAGUGUCGCGAGGUUCCAUAACCUGAAGUUGCUGGAGACGGUGGUGGGGGAGGUUCUAGAGCAGAUUUGAUAUGGUCUUUGUGCUGAGCGUUUGCUGAUGACUAUACCCUGUUUGGAAAACGUUGAUACGAGGAUAAUAGUUAGCUUUGGGUACCUUGGCGUUCAGGGGGG